UUUUCUUUAAAAAUGACUCCAGUAGGUUGGGUUUUACUAAAAUAAUUUACUCUUAAAAUUUUAUUAAAAGUUAUGUUUUAAUAAUAAUCGGAGUGUUCAUUUAUUUCAUAUAGAAAAAUAGUAAUCAGAGGAUUUUGCUAGUUUAGUUUUAGUUUAACUCCACUAUAUUUCCCAAAAUGUUAAUCUCUUGUCAAUAUCUGCCUGAAUUUAAAAUUGAUAUGAAUUUUUCGAAGAAGAUUAAAUUUUUGAGAUCUGGAAAAAUUAAAUUGAAUAAUCCUCUUAAGACUUCAGGUUUUGUAGCAAAGGAAAACCAAUCAGAGGCUUAUAAGAAUUUACAACAGGGUAAAACUUAAGAUUUUGUUAAUACUUUUAUAUUUUAGAGAUAAAUUUUUCAUAUGAAGAAUUCCUAACUUUAACUUCCAGUAAAAAGACCUUUGAAGAGCAUUUAGAAGAAAAUUUGCUAUAUCUGAUUACCAGGAAUACAAAUUUAUUACCUAACGGCCUGUAUUAUAAUCAAAAUUGGCAAAAUAGUACCCUAAAAGUGAAUAAAGAUAACAUUUUAUUCAUAUAAAUCUGAUAAGACUUUAUUAUCAAUCCAAUUCUAUUCAAAUCUGAUAAAGUUCUGUUCAAUUAUUUACUGACUUCAAGACUCAAAUAACCUGAGAAGAAAUGAAGAAGAACUUCUCUCUGAUC